GGGCGGGCGGAGGGGAGCUCGCUGCUGCCGCCGCCGCACUGCCCCGCAGCCGCUGCCCCGCCGCUCCCUCGCACUGCGCUCCGGCCAUUCUGUGGAUGGAGGUGUCCCGCUGAGCCCCGGGACCCGCCUCCCUCCGCCAGGACCCGCACAGAUAAACGAAUCCUGAGAGCUGCCGCUGUGCCAGAAUGGAGGCCCCACUAGUGAGUUUGGACGAAGAGUUUGAGGACCUCCGGCCCUGCUGCUCAGAGGAACAGGAGGAGAAGCCCCGGUGUUUCUAUGGCUCAUCUCCCCACCAUCUAGAGGACCCCUCCCUGUCUGAGCUUGAGAAUUUUUCCUCUGAAAUAAUCAGCUUCAAGUCCAUGGAGGACCUCGUGAAUGAGUUUGAUGAGAAGCUCAAUGUCUGCUUUCGGAACUACAACGCCAAGACCGAGAACCUAGCUCCCGUGAAGAACCAGUUCCAGAUCCAGGAGGAGGAGGAGACCCUGCAGGACGAGGAGGUCUGGGAUGCUCUGACAGACAAUUACAUCCCUUCACUCUCAGAGGACUGGAGGGACCCAAACCUGGAGGCUCUGAAUGGCAACAGCUCUGACACUGAGAUCCACGACAAAGAGGAAGAAUUCAAUGAGAAGAGUGAGCAUGAUUCCGGCAUCAACGAGGAGCCUCUACUCACAGCAGACCAGGUAAUUGAGGAGAUCGAGGAGAUGAUGCAGAACUCACCAGACCCCGAGGAGGAAGAGGAGGCUCUGGAAGAGGAGGAUGGGGGUGAAACUUCCUCCCAGGCAGACUCGGUCCUCCUGCAGGAGAUGCAGGCCUUGACCCAGACCUUCAACAACAACUGGUCCUAUGAAGGACUGAGGCACAUGUCUGGCCCGGAGCUGACAGAGCUGCUGGACCAGGUGGAAGGUGCCAUCCGAGACUUCUCGGAGGAGCUGGUGCAGCAGCUGGCCCGCCGGGACGAGCUGGAAUUUGAGAAGGAAGUGAAGAACUCUUUCAUCACGGUGCUCAUUGAGGUCCAGAACAAGCAGAAGGAGCAGCGAGAGCUGAUGAAAAAGAGGCGGAAAGAGAAAGGGCUGAGCCUGCAGAGCAGCCGCGUGGAGAAGGGGAGCCAGAUGCCUCUCAAGCGCUUCAGCAUGGAAGGCAUCUCAAACAUCCUCCAGAGCAGCAUUCGCCAAACUUUUGGCUCCUCGGGAACUGACAAACAGUACCUGAACACAGUCAUCCCUUACGAGAAGAAAGCCUCGCCCCCGUCGGUGGAAGACCUCCAGAUGCUGACAAACAUUCUCUUUGCCAUGAAGGAAGAUAAUGAAAAGGUGCCAACUUUGCUAACGGACUAUAUUUUAAAAGUGCUCUGCCCUACCUAACCUCGACCCUGGGAGCAGCCUUGCCGCGGAGGUCACUGAGCAAGAGUCAUUCCAUCACAGGGACUGCAUGACGCCACGUAACCUCCGGCGUGUAUUCAAACGUGUAGAGCUUAACCUGGAUUAAACACGAGCAAACGCGCGGGUCCUUUGCUGUUGUUGGCUUCUAGUCCUAGUAACCAUUGGAUGCAUGACAAGGGGCAGGGCUGGGGACGACUCGGCCUGCCCUCCGCCUGUGUGGGGGGAGGCAGACGCCCUUACCACUCCUUAUGUAGUUUGGCUCCAGCCCCCCAAAACAGCUGACACUUUAACACUAAUUUUGAA